GAUGGCUGCUCUUGAGAAACACCCGGACCUGGGGCUCCAGCAGAACAAUCCCUUGGAUCCCAGCACCAGUCAGAAGAGUCAUUUCUCAGAGACUGACUGGAAAACACCUAUGUUGUCUGCGAAGUUCCAGAGCCGUGUCAGUCGCUGCUCGAGCGUGGCUGACAGCGGGGAUGGGGGCAUUGGGACAUCCUGCUCAGACAGCACAGAAGACUUUUGCAAUUCCAGUAACGGUUCAUUCCAGCCCAUCAAAACCCAAGUGACCAUCCCAACAGCCCAUGUUAUGCCUUCUACCUUGGGUUCCUCGCCCUCCAAGCCAUGCUCUGCAGGAGACCAGGGCUGUUCGCAGAGUGCUUCAAAAACUGCUAUGCCAGGAUCUGCUUCUGAACACGCAGGGCUACUGAGAAAUGGAAACUUUAAUGCUGGGAAGUCAUCUCAGAUGCCAUCCAAAGAACUCUCGCGUCUCUACAGGACUUCAUGGGAAAAUGCUUUUGCGCAAUCCUGGCAUCCUGUUUCUGAUCACAUGAGAACAGAAGAUACUUGGAAGUUUGACACCCCUGCCGUUGAGCACACCCUUAACCAGUCUCUCUUUCUGGAUAGUUUGUGCACUGACCCUCUCCACAGGUUUCAAAAGUUCAAUCCAAACUCUGGGGCAGCUGAGGCAGGAAAGGACCAUUACAAGGUGCUGCCAGAGACCAGUAAGCAAGCGGCAGGGGCUAAUGGAGUCAGUGAGCCCCAGGAUGGAACGUGGCCGAGUGGGAGCAGACCGAUGCCAGCGGGACUCCAGGCCAACAAUUUCUUUUCAAAACCUGUUCCUCCUUUGUCUCAACCAUGGAUGCAGGAAGCCUGCACACUGCAUCCGCAUGAGAGGGUCUGCGAGCUCAGUGCUUGGAAACAGCAGCUGGAGAAAGUGCAACUGCAACUGGAGCAAAUGCAGUUACAAAAUGGAGGUGCCUGCCACCAUCCCUUGCCGUAUUCUCCUUCGCUGCCCGUGCCUGAUCCAGCCCAGUGGAUCAAUAUCCUCAACUCCAAUGAAAAAUUACUCAAGGAGAAAGAGCUCCUCAUUGACAGACAAAGGCAACACAUAUCCCAGUUGGAGCAGAAGGUCCGGGAAAGUGAACUGCAGGUUCACAGUGCACUGCUCGGCUGUCCUGCACCCUACGGAGAUGUCUACAUGUUGAGAAUGCAGGAGCUGCAGCGGGAGAACACGUUUCUUCGAGCACAGUUCACGGAGAAGACUGAAGCCCUCAGUAAGGAAAAGAUUGAGUUAGAGAGAAAACUGGCUGCCGCAGAGGUGGAUGCAAAGCUGAUCCGGGAGUCACUGAAGGAAACUAUGCAGAAACAUGCGGAGGAGCUAAAGAAACAGGAAGAAAGGGUAAAGGGGAGAGACAAACACAUCAAUAAUCUUAAAAAGAAAUGCCAGAAGGAAUCUGAACAAAACAGGGAGAGACAACAGAGAAUUGAGACCCUGGAACGAUACCUAGCUGAUCUACCAACCCUUGAGGACCACCAGAAACAGAGUCAGAAGCUGAAGGAAGCUGAACUGAAGAGUACUGCUAUGCAGGAAACAGUGCUGGCACUGGAAACAGAGCUUGGAGAUGUCCGGGCUGCUUUCAGGGAGCAAGAGAUGCAGCUAGAAACCCAAAAACAGAAGGAGCUAGAGCUUCUUUCCACUGUGCGCAGCUUGCAGGACAAGGUGCAGCAGUGCGUAAAGAACGCAGAGAGAGGACCCGCUGCGCAGGGUGGGGAGAGACAGAAAAUAGAGAAUGAGUCUCUGAAGAAAGAAUGUGACUGUCUCAGGAAGAUUGUGGACAAACAGCAGAAGAAGAUGGAGCAGUUGUCCUUGCAAAUAAAGAACCUGGAAGAACAGGUAGCCCAGGAAGAGGGGACAAGCCAAGCUCUGAAAGAGGAGGCGCUGAGAAGAGAAAAUGCACUGCAGCAGCUCCGGACUGCUGUGAAAGAGCUUUCCGUGCAGAACCAGGAUCUUAUUGAGAAGAAGCUGACCCUUCAGGAACGGCUCCGGCAGGCAGAGCUAACAACGCAGCCGCUGCCUGCUGAGACAGCCCACCUCGCCCAGGAGUUGCACAGCGAGCUGGCCAGUUGUCUGCAGGAUUUGCAGUCUGUCUACAGCAUUGUCACUCAGAGGGCUCAGGGCAAGGAUCCCAACCUCUCUCUGCUCCUGGGCAUUCGCUCUGUGCAGUUCUCUGCUAGGGAGAAGGAUGACUUGCUGAGCCCUGAUGGACUUGCAAAGAAACUGGUGGAGGUCAAACAGCUUCAUAAAGAAGUGGAGGACUUAAGGACUGCAAUAUCUGACAGAUAUGCUCAGGACAUGGGAGACAACUGCAUCACCCAGUAAAGAACACUCUCUAAAGUAAGACAGGAAACAAAGACUUGAAACCCUCAGGAGUCUAGAGCUCCACAACCCAAAACCUCUUCAGCACUUUACCAUCCCUUCGCUCGGGUACAAGAUGUGUGACUUUUCCAAUCUGUGAGAAACUGGGGGGUUUGUUGCCAGAAGUGUUUAGCUGCUGACUGGCUAACUGGAAUCACUCAGGGCUUCGGUGUUGGGCUUUGCAGUAGCUUUGAUCUUGUGGAAUGUGUUUCUGCUGUGUUUGCUGGAGCUGGUGUGGUCUCUGAUGCUGGGAGAUGAAUUCUGAAUUGCCUUCCAGGCAUGUCAAAUGCUGAACAUGCAAAUGUGGCAGUUAAAAUCAUCACUAAAAGGAAA